UAGAAAUGUGGUAUAUUUCGAUCUGUGAUUAUCGCGGUCUUAGAAAUGUUUUGAUAAGAUAUAGUACAUUAUCACUGCUUUAGAGUGGAUCGUACAUGUUUAUUGUUUACUUUACUUUCUGUUAUCGUCGAUAAACGGACGGCAAGGUUUUUUUUUUUCAAAUCGCCAUUCGCAACAGUCUUUUGGCGCUUCAAUUUUUUUGUAAAUUGGAUUCGAACAAUCCAAUUAAAGUGCGCCAACAUGGUGUACUUACACUUUCCGACGAAUUUGACCGAAGAAGAACUCAUGCUGCAAAACAAGUAUCAGAAGUUGAGAAAAAAGAAAAAAGCAUUGCAAGUGCAAAAAACACCACGCCCUGAGCCUGAGCCUUCGCCUGUACUCAAUCCCAAAAGGCCCAAAGAAACGGCUCGCGACGCUAGGGAAAUAGCAAAAAAACUAUUGAAGUCUGGGGCUAUAGGACCGAUAAAAAAAGUACCCAAUCGUACAGAUCAGGAGUCAUUUAAGAGACCUUGUGGAAUGGAACGUAAAUUAUUGACUACUACUCAGGCUUUGAGUAGCUAUCAACCGUUUUCAGCAGCUUCUCCAGUCAAGACUGAAGUCAUUCCUGAUAGUACUCCAAAAGCAACUCCGACUACUAAAUUCUCUAAUUUGUAUAGUAGUUUUGUUUCUUCCACUUCUAAAACCACUUCACCAGCUCCAAGUUCUCCAGAACCUGUUUCUGAAACUCCUACUCGUAAAGAUAUCACUAUAUUUGUUGGAGGAAGUAGUUCAAUGACUGAAGAAUUUUUAAGAUCUACGUUCAGUAAAUUUGGUACAAUAAUUAACAUAUCAAUGGAAAUAGAAAAAAAUCGAGGGUUCAUCACUUUCAACUCCCCAGAUAUUGCUGAGAAAGCAGUAAAUCAAAUGAAUACUACCACAGUAUCUGGUAUUAAACUAAAAGUUUCAAUUUCCCGAAAUCAGCCUAUUGAAUUCGGUGAUAAAGGAAUUAAUUCAUGGAACGCUAUUGCUACUAAUAAAUCUCAAAAAGGAAAUCAACGAGAUGAUCGUUCGCUGGUGACAUAUGAUGAUUUAUUUUCAUAAAUUGUUUUUAAUUAUUUUAGAUUUUAAUUGUAUAGAGAGAUUUUUUUUUUGUCAUGACU